AUGUCAAAAAAUUUCAAACCGCUGCUACACGAUUCUUACAAUGUUGGAAAACAUAUAAAAUCAUCUAAAAAGCGCUUUACUUGGAAAUUUGAGCUUGAUGGCCAAGAGCAUGUCGUCGAUCUUUACGUUUCAAAAAUUUCAGGCAAACGAAAAGUACUUGUUGACGGCGAUAUCAAAAUCCAAGCCAAAAAAUCAGCUAUUUAUGGCAGCUAUCCCUUAAAAAUCGGCCGCCAUAACCUUUUAAUUAACGAGCAAAUCGACAGCGUUUUUGAUUUGCAAGUAGACAACUGUUCAUUUGAAGCAGGGAAUCAGAGAACUCGGGCUCAAAGUGAUUUUAGAUACAAUGAUCAGUACCAAUAUGAAGCUGAGCCAAAUUUACAGCAGGUUUUAGAAGCCAGGGAUCCUUACCAGCCAAGAAAAUCUGCUGAUCCCUUUGCAGAAAAAAAUGAGCCUUAUAAAAGCGACUUUAGUUACAAUGAUCCAUUUCAAAAUAAAAGCUCCCAAAGACGGUCAUUAAUAGCUGAAACAAGAGACCCGUUUGAGAAUAGAAAGCUUAAUGGCUUAUCGGGCGAAAGAAGAGAUCCUUUUGAGAAUAGAAGGGUUGGAUUAUCAGGAGAAAGAAGAGACCCAUUUGAGAACAGAAGAACUGGUAGCUUAGCAGGUGAGAAAAGAGAUCCAUUUGAAAAUAGAAGGGUUGACUCAUUCAGAAAGCGUCCAGAAAAUAACGAAGAAUGGGAAAGAUAUGAAGACUUUUUUGACCCAGAAAAAUACCCAUAUGCUGAAAAAGAAUUUGGAGUUGAAAGCCAAAGAAGAGAGUCAAGAGUUAUUGAGAGAAGCACAAUGCCUGCACAGCCUAGCUCAGCUCCAAAGCCUGUAGAAGAGAAGCCUAAAGAAGCUGCCAAGCCGCAAGAUCAAACUAAUUUACUUGAUGCUCCAUAUCAAGCUUCUACAUUGCCACAUGAUAUUUUUGUAAGCAAUACAAAUACAACAUCAACCAAGCCAACCAAUAAUCCUUUCAAUGGUCAAGCUGCCUUACUCUUCCCUAUAAUAGGAGAAAAAAUAUGUCCCAGUUUAGAAGGGGUUAUUUUUUUAGGAAAACUUUAUAUUUUUAAUAAAAAUAUCAAUUUAUAUAUUUUAGCUAAAUAUUAUUUUAUUUGCACUCCUCCAUUCAUAUAGAACAACUUAUAGGAAAAAUAUAUAUUUAGCGACAUUAAAUUUGCAUUCAAAGCUAUUUGCAUAUAAAUUAUUAUUUACCUAUUUUUUUAUAUUUAAAGAGAAUUAAUUUAAAAAUAGAAAAUUUACCGAUACUUUGCUCCAUUUAAAAAGGGGGGCAGUUAGCAAAUAAUUUUGACUGAAAUUCUGUAGCGCCGAAGCCAGAAGAAAAUAAAACCCAACCUCCCCAAACUAAUUUUCCACCAAAUGCAUUUCCAAUGGGGAUGCCUCCACAGAUGGGAGCACAAGGCAUGCAGCAAGGCCAAAUGAACCCUAUGGCUGCUAUGAUGGCUUAUAACCAAUUUAUGACAGGAAUGAUGAUGGGACAAUACAUGAAUCCUCAGCAGCCAUUUAGAUAA